AUGGUUUCGUCGAAGUAUUUGGAGAUACAAUCCUCCAUCUUUAAAAGCUGGGGAAGCAAUGGCUAUUCCUCUGCUGGAUCAUCACCUGAUAGAAACUCAUCAAGAGGAGAAACACCAUUAUUUAAAGGACUUGGAUCCUCUACUUUGGGAACUACAGAACUCCACCAUGCUCCUGAAGGACUCAUUCAAACCAAUGUUGGAGACUAUAGUGGAAUAAAUAACUUUGAAGAUUUGAAAAAUGUAACCAUUAAUGAAUCAUCCAAACUUUGGUCUAUUGCUAGCCCUAUUUGUUUUGGAAUAUUAUGCAACUAUGCAAUCAAUUCCUUCACAAAUAUCUUUGUUGGACAUCUUGGAAAUUUAGAACUCACUUCAGUUUCAAUCUCUUUAUCUGUCGUAUCAAAUUUCUCCUUUGGCUUCAUGCUUGGCAUGGCAAGUGCACUGGAGACACUAUGUGGACAAGCAUUCGGUGCAGGACAAGUAGAAAUGCUUGGUAUUUACAUGCAACGUUCGAUUCUAAUCUUGUUCGGUUCAUGUUUUCUGAUCUUACCACUUUACAUUUUCGCAACACCGAUUUUAAUACUCCUUGGACAAGAACGUGAUAUAGCGGAGUUAGCUGGAGUAUUCACACUCCAAUCUAUACCUCAGUUAUUUUCACUAGCAAUCAAUUUUCCUGCACAGAAAUUCUUGCAGGCACAAAGCAAAGUUGGAAUAUUGGCAUGGUUGGGUUUCAUAUUCCUUUGUAUUCACAUUUUGAUUUUGAUUCUAUUUAUUAAGAUACUUGGUUGGGGUACAACUGGUGCUGCAGCAGCUUAUGAUUUAUCAGCUUGGGGAAUUGCUUUGGCUCAAAUGGCUUACGUUGUUGGUUGGUGUAACGAAGGGUGGAGGGGUUUGUCUUGGUUGGCUUUUAAGGAUCUUUGGGAAUUUAUGAAACUCUCUUUUGCCUCAGCUAUUAUGCUUUGUUUAGAGGUUUGGUAUUUCAUGACAUUGAUUGUUCUCACCGGUCAUUUGGAUAAUCCUAUCAUUGCUGUUGGCUCACUUUCAAUUUGCAUGAAUUUAAAUGGAUGGGAAGGCAUAUUGUUCAUAGGGGUCAAUGCAGCUGUGAGUGUGAGAGUUUCCAAUGAGCUUGGAUCAGGACAUCCAAGAGCUGCAAAAUAUUCAGUUGUUGUCACGGCUAUUGAGGCUCUCAUGAUUGGCCUGGUGUCUGCAAUCAUUGUUUUAAUAACAAAAGAUCACUUUGCUGUUAUUUUUACUGACAGUAAAGAAAUGCAAGAAGCAGUUUCUAAAUUAGCUUCUCUUCUUGGUGUAACCAUGAUUCUAAAUAGUGUUCAGCCAGUUUUAUCAGGUGUUGCAGUAGGAGGAGGAUGGCAAGCUUUGGUAGCUUACAUUAAUCUAUUUUGUUAUUACAUUGUAGGACUCCCCCUUGGCUUUUUGCUUGGCUACAAAGCAGGCUAUAGAGUGAAGGGUAUUUGGGUUGGAAUGAUAUUAGGGACAGUUUUGCAGACAGUUAUUUUGGUGUAUAUUAUAUAUAGAACAAAUUGGAACAAAGAGGUUGAACAAGCAUCAGAGAGAAUGAAGCAAUGGACUGGACAAGAUUCAGAAAUGAGUGAAAUGUAG